GCGCGUCUCUCACCGUCCUCUGCGGGUCUGGACGUGGCGGGUUGCUUUCCAAAAUGGCGCGGGCGCUGAGGGCUGCCGCCGGGAAUGCCGUAGGUGAAUACCGGGCACCGGCGAAAGUCGCCGUGGGGCAGGGCGUGUGGGAACGGAGGUCGGGGGCGGAGGAGGCCUCGGCGUGGCCAAAGCACCUUUAUCUAAUGCCCUCUCUCCCCCGGGGGCGCGUUCCACGGCCGCUGCUGGCACCUAAGCUGACGGUAACUUCCAGAAACGCCUCCGCGUAGUAGCGGGGAUUGCCUUGUGCACGAGUCCCAUUGCCAUCCGGGAGCUGUGCGCCCUGGGCACUGCACCUUCCAGUAUGUGGGCGGGAGAGGCGAGGGAACUUGCCCGGUGGGUCAGGCAGGGCAGGGACAGAAGUGAAUAGAAGCGGGUUGGUAAGUUAUUUUACUGCGCACCAAUAAAGAGAAUGGGGAGAAACCAGAAAGGAGAGCAAGUCCUGUAAAAACAACAACUGCUACUUCGGCCGAACUCCAAGCAUGACCAGCUUUCUGUUGGGAACACUCAAAGGGCUUUUUUCCAGACUCCAAGCUCCCAUUCCAACAUUAAGAGCUUCUUCCACAUCACAGCCCUUGGAUCAAGUGGCAGGUUCUUUGUGGAACCUGGAUCGACUCAAUCAUGUAGCCAUAGCAGUGCCAGAUUUGGAAAAGGCUGCAGCAUUUUAUAAGAAUAUUCUCGGGGCCCAGGUAAGUGAAGCGGUCCCUCUUCCUGAACAUGGAGUAUCUGUUGUUUUUGUCAACCUGGGAAAUACCAAGAUGGAACUGCUUCAUCCAUUGGGACGUGACAGUCCAAUUGCAGGUUUUCUGCAGAAAAACAAGGCUGGAGGAAUGCAUCACAUCUGCAUCGAGGUGGAUAAUAUUAAUGCAGCUGUGACGGAUUUGAAAACAAAGAAGAUCCGCAGUCUAAGUGAAGAGGUCAAAAUAGGAGCACAUGGAAAACCAGUGAUUUUUCUCCAUCCUAAAGACUGUGGUGGAGUCCUUGUGGAACUAGAGCAAGCUUGAUUUAUAUUUGUAAGCAACUAAAUUAAUUGAUCUGAAAAAGCCUAUCAAAUACUAUCAAAAUGUACUAUGACAUUGAGUCUUUCACUGCUUCCAACAUGUAAAAGUUCAUAGUUAAAAACUGAAUUACAGAAGGAUUAUAUACAUAUAUAAAUCCAUAAAUAUGUAUAUUUAAUUAAACAUAUUUGUUAAUUUGAAUUUGAAGAAAACCUUGAUUACUAAUUACUUAGGGAACAUUAUUAAAGUCAUAUAGAAAUCGAUUAUUCCUCUUCUACAA